CCUGCCUUCCUCCGGCGCUGCGACUCUGCCCCGACGCUCCCCGGCACGAGUGACUUCAUUGACGCUCUUUACCAUGGGUGUGAAGAAGAAGAAAGACAGGCACGUUGCUGCACUGGCUGCUUGUCAUCAGGACCUCGAAACGCUACGGUCGUUCACUGACGUAGAAGGGAAAAAUCUAGCUUCUUUGCUCCUACGUUGUGUACAGCUGACAGAUGGUGUGCCACAAAUCAAUUGUAUCAAACAGAUUGUCCCAUUACUGGAGAAGGAAGCUAACAAUGGUGUUUGUGAUCCCAUAAUUCGAAGUUGUUUGGAUAUUUUAGCUGGCAUUUACCUUUCUUUGAGCUUAAAGAAUCCCUUGAAGAAAGUAUUGGCAAGCUCACUAAAUGGCCUGCCGGAACUUUUUCUGACUGAGUGCGAACACAGCUUCACCCGGCGGCUUCGGGACGAAUUGAAGGCUACGGAUCCAUACUCUUACAGGAAAGUCAUCGACAAUCUCGCGGCCUGUCUGGAGAACUUUCACUUGGGAAUUGCAAGUGUUAAUAACCUGCUUGAAAAUGUGCUGCAUUUCCUGCAGAGGAGUUUAACUGAAAUCCUGCAAGAAAAUAGAAAAUUUGCUGGAAAUCAUAUUGUUCAAACACAGUUGAUGAAUGACUUGUUGGUGGGAAUUAGAGUUUCAGUUCCGUUAGUACAGAAAGUACCAGGUUUCCAGGGAAAUCUCUGGAAGGCUUCCAGUUCUCCAAUAUGGCAAAGUAUGUGUGGCUUGCUGAGCAUGUUCACUGAGUUCUUAUGCGAUGAUGACCUAUUGCAGACGCUUCAGAGCACAUCUGGAUUAGCUGUUAUUCUCUUUAUUAAGACCAUGUUUGAUCCACCUGAAAAGAUCCCUGGUUUGAUUAGUAGUUUGCUUCUUCGUUCCGUGGACUGUGCCCGUGCUCCCGAGUGGUUUCUGAGCAGCUGCAGGAGCCUCUGUUGUGCUGAGCUGUCUGGUUCUGCUCUCUUAUUCCUGUGUCAGGGGGCCCUCGCCAUGCUGGACUGGCAGGAUGGGAGCAUGGGUCUGCCGGGGGAGGCCCUGCUCCUGGAUGCUGCCCAGGUUUUGUUUGCCCUGAGUUCACAGAUCAAGGAAUCAACUCUGGAGAUGUUUCUGUCCCGAAUCCUGACAUCUUGGACCAGUUCAGCCAUAGGUGUCCUUAGAUCAAGUUCUCCUGCCCUAAAGAGUAGUUUGAGUGGGAAUUCAAGCCUCGCUGAGAGACUUUUGGAAUAUGUCUACACCCACUGGGAGCACCCCCUGGAUGCUCUGAGACACCAAACCAGACUCAUAUUCAGCAACCUGCUACAGAUGCACGGGCUUACCGUGCAAGGGGCAUGUUUGACCACUGAUCCCUUCUUUGCCAGUCUGACCGAGAGUCUCCUGCAGUUAGAGUGGCAUGUGAAGGGCAAGUACACGUGCCUCUGCUGUUUGGUAGAGUAUCUAGGGAUUGAGCAUGUUUUGGCAGUAGAUGAAACGAUUCCAUCUCAAAUCUUGGAGGUGAUGGGGGACCAGUCCUUGGUUCCCUAUGCAAGCAGCCUCUUGGAAACCAUGUUUAAGACUCACAAGAGCCGUUUGAAAUCCCAGGCAGUUGAUGGUACUUGGAUCGACCAGUUGCACGAGACUUGGAUUUCUCCUCUUCUCUGUAUAUUGUGUGAAGGGAACCUCAACCAGAAAUCGUACGUGAUUGAUUACUACUUGCCCAAACUAUUAAACUGCGGCCCGGAAAGCUUAAGCUACAUGGUCAAGAUUCUUCAGACUUCUGCGGAUGCGAAAUUUGAGUCUUGCAGCAGCAGAGGGGCUCUGGGAGCGUUGAUGGCAUGUCUGCGGACAGCUCGAGCUCACGGGCAUCUCCAGUCUGCAGCUGCUCCCUGGGGGAGCCUGGUGUCCACUGGAAGAAUAAAGCAGGGCUUGGUUCAUCAGCACUGCCAGGUGCGGUUAGAUACGUUAGGUUUGCUCUGUGAAAGCAAUCGAAGCACAGAAGUUGUUUCAGCAGAAGAAAUGCAACUGAUUCAGUUCUUCAUUACCUACAAUCUUAAUACCCAAUCUCCUGGAGUGCGACAACAGAUUUGUUCUCUUCUUAAAAAGUUGUUUUGUAGGAUACAGGAGAGUUCUCAGGUCCUUUAUAAAUGGGAGCAAAGCCUGUCCAAACAGGAAGCAGAGAAUGAGCUACACAGACAGCACCCUUCUGUUUCUUUGCAGCAGUACAAGAAUUUCAUGUCAUCAAUUUGCGACAGUCUUUUUGAAGCAUUAUUUCCUGGGUCUUCCUAUCCAACUAGAUUUUCAGCUUUAACCAUUUUAGGCUCAAUAGCUGACGUUUUUCCUGUCUCUCAAGGUAAAAUUCCAACAGUGUAUCAGCUGAGUCACGAUAUUGAUGCCGGCCGUAUCCAAACACUACUGGAAUGCUUUUCUAGCGCUUUUGAGGAAGUGAAAUUUUUAGCUUUUGACCUUUUGAUGAAGUUGACAAAAACCGGUGUCCAAUUUCAGGAUUCGGAGAAACUGCAAGACUUAUUCCAGGCAGCAUUGGAGCUGAGCACCAGCACCAAACCCCAUGACUGUGUGACCGCCUCCUGCCUGCUGAACCUCCUCAUCGGGCGAGAUGCUCUUCCGGCAUCCCUGCCCGCCUGCUCACAGGGUCAGCGGGUUGCGUGUGGAGCCGGGGAGGAGUCUGCUCUUGCGGUGGAGAGGAACACGCUAGUGGUGAUCAAAUGCCUGUUGGAAAAUCUCGAGGACGAAAUCUCUCAGGCUGAACAGUCUCUGCUCCGGGCUGCAGCAUCGUUUCCAAUGUACGGGCGCGUCCACUGUGUCACCGGAGCUUUGCAGAGGUUACCUUUAAACAGCCUGGCCUUGGUGCGUGAGUGGACGCCCGUGGUGGAGAAGCUCCUUGUGGUGUCGUACAGGCUGUCUGCCGUGGUGUCUCCCGUCAUUCAGAGCUCCUCCCCCGAGGGCCUCAUCCCCAUGGACACUGACUCAGAGUCAGCCAGCCGCCUGCAGGUGAUUUUGAAUGAGAUCCAGCCACGAGAUACUAAUGAUUACUUCAGCCAUGCCAAAGUCCUGAAAGAACACCCUAGCUUUGAUUUAGAUGACUUGAAUGCUAAUAUGCCCAAUAUUGACGCUGCCUCAGAAAUGAAAGGUAAAGAAGGGAAACCUUGUGAUGUGACUGCCCAGAUGGUGCUGGUCUGCUGUUGGAGAAGCAUGAAGGAAGUGGCCCUGCUUUUAGGCACCUUGUGCCAGCUCUUACCCAUGCGCCCUGGGCCAGACUCUGCUGAGGGGCUGCUGAGAGUGGAGCAGGUAAAAGACAUGGGAGAUUACUUUAAACAGCACCUUUUACAAUCCAGGCACAGAGGAGCAUUUGAAUUGGCUUACACCGGCUUUGUGAAACUCACUGAAACGCUAAACAGGUGCUCUGAUGUGAGUCUGCAAAAACUACCGGAGCAGUGGUUAUGGAGUGUUUUCGAGGACAUAAAAAGCAGCGAUCCUUCAUCUAAACUCUGUGCUACCAGGCGUAGUGCCGGGAUUCCUUUCUACAUACAGGCACUGUUGGCAUCUGAACCAAAGAAAGGCAAAAUGGACUUGUUGAAAGUAACAAUGAAAGAGUUAAUCUCUCUGGCUGGGCCUACAGAUGACUCACAGAGCACAGUCCCCCAGGUUCAUGCUUUAAAUAUCCUCACAGCCUUGUUCAGAGAUACACGUCUGGGAGAAAAUAUUAUUCCUUAUGUGACUGAUGGAGCUAAAGCUGCAAUUCUGGGCUUUACGUCCCCAGUCUGGGCAGUGAGAAAUUCAUCCACACUUCUCUUUAGUACCUUGAUCACAAGAAUUUUUGGAGUUAAAAGGGCAAAGGAUGAACUUUCCAAAAAAAAUAGACUGACAGGAAGAGAAUUUUUCUCUCGUUUCCCAGAACUCUACCCUUUUCUUCUCAAGCAGUUGGAAACUGUAGCCAAUACUGUGGACAGUGAUACGGAAGAACUGAACCGGCACCCCAGCAUGUUUCUCUUACUGUUGGUGCUGGGGAGACUCUACCCUUCUCCGAUGGACGGCACUGCCUCUGCCCUCAGCAUGGCGCCUUUUGUCCCCUUCAUCAUGAGGUGUGGUCGCUCACCUGUCUAUCGGUCCCGUGAAAUGGCAGCUCGUGCCUUGGUUCCAUUUGUUAUGAUAGACCAAAUCCCAAGAACCAUCCGGACUCUGUUAGCCACACUCCCUGAGCGCACUGACCAGUGUUUCCGGCAAAACCAUAUUCACGGAGUGCUUCUCCAGGUUUUUCAUUUGUUACAAGCCUACGCAGACUCCAAACACAGAACGAAUUCAGACUUUCAGCAGGAGUUGACUGACAUCACUCUUUGUACCAAAGCCAAACUCUGGCUGGCCACGAGGCAAAACCCAUGUUUAGUGACCAGAGCUGUGUGUAUUGAUACUGUCUUCCUGUUGACUUGCUGCCUUGACAGACCUGCAAAGGGCCACCAGCCAGUUCUGGAGAGCCUUGACAUCUGGGAGGAAGUCAACGGGAUCAUCGCCGGAUCGGAGCUGAUCACGGGGUUCCCCUAUACCUUUACUGUGCCAGGCCUACCCCAGUACCUCCAGAGCCUCACCAAACUAGCCAUAGCAGCUGUGGUGGCCAUGACAGCCAAGGCUGGAGAGCAGGCCAGGAAUGUCCCCAUCUCCUUCUCUCAGCUGCUGCAGUCUACUUUCUCUGAGGUGCGCUCAUUGACCCUGGACGCCCUGUUGGAAAGGUUCUCAGCCACAGCCCAGGGAGGAGCAGAGAAGGCACAGCCGCCCUUGCUGCCCAAGGCGGGACAGAAGUUCUUGGUGAUGGCUAUGAAGGAAACGCACCCAGAAUGCUUCUGCAAGAUACUGAAAGUGCUUCAUUGCAUGGACCUGAGUGAGUGGCUUCCCCUGACAGAGUGCUGUGUGCAUCGAACUCCAAAGGAGUUCUUGGUCUGGACAAUGGAUGUGGCUUCCACAGAAAGGUCUGAGAUACAAGGCAGAGCUCUGAGACUUGCCUCCAAAGUGAUUGUUCAAUACGUGCAGACAUGUGAGGAGAGCAGAGACUCGGCAGCCCCUGAGCUGAAGCAGUGGGUCCAGUUGGUCGUCUCGUCCUGCCAAGACCACCUUUCCACAGAGACCAGGCUGGCCGCUGCCGAGGUCCUCACCAGCACCACACCGUAUUUCCUCACCAACCCCCAACUGAUUCUCGGGCUGCAGGAUACGCUUGCUCUCUGGAGGUGUGUCUUCGCCCUCCUCCAGAGUGAGGAGCAGGUCGUCAGAGAUGCCGCUGCGGAGGUCGUGAUGGCUGCCCUGUCGCAAGGAAAUGCUGCCCAGUCAACAGAGUUUGCCAGCUGCCAGGUGGACGCCCCCAUCGCGCUGACCCUCGGCCUGGACAUCCUGUGUGACUUGCUCCAGCAGUGGGACCAGCUGGCCCCCGGGGUCCCCAUCCUGCUGAGAUGGCUGCUGGGCGAGGCUGAUGACUUUGCAGACUGUGUGGUGAGCUCAAGUCAGGUGGACGACGACUACCUAUUCGAAAAAACAGACGUCAGCUUUUGGGCCGAGACCCUGGUCUUUGUGAAAUGCCUCUACAAACAUCUCUUCCAGCUGCUUUCCAGACCCGGCCCGCGUCCCGCCAGCCCCCCGAGCCUCCAGCCCCUCCGAAGGACAGUGUCUGAGCAGCAGCGCCUCCUCUCCGACCUCUUCAGAAAGCUGCCCCCCAAUGCCGUGUUUCUGAAGACGGCGGAGGUCACCAGACUGCGCCUUCAGGAGGAAAGGACUUUGGCUUGUCAGAGGCUGCUGGCCCUUCUGGAAGGACAGGACCAAGAAAAAAGCCAAGUUCUCAAUGCUUCAGAAUCUCCUCCAGAAGCGCCUUCAGCUACCUCUGGAAGGACGUGUUGAGGAAAGAUGUUUGAAGGGGUGAGGGGCGGGCUCUUUCCUUCACUCAAUCUGCAGGAAUGGGAACAUACCACCCGCACCCCCUCUUCACGCCUCCCCAGUUGUGCGCCCAGGCUCGUGGCCUGUCCUCCCGCCAAGCUCCCUGCAGCGACUGCACGAAGCAUGACGUGACGGGACUACCUCCCGGAAUGUUUUCUGGGUUCCCAGGUGCAGGCCACCUGCAGGCCUGAAUUAGCCUCUUUUGCUCCCCAACACCUCGAACAUCCAGCCACAGCCCGUCAACUGGCUGUGCCCCCCCAAAGAAAAACAACUCACUGGGUCCCCCCCAGUCCAUGUCAACUCAUAAUGACCCUAUACAGAAUUGGGGUUUGGGUGGUUUGGGGUCCUGUUUUUCCAGGAUUCGGUUUUAACACAAUCUCCCCCCUCCCGCCCCUCUUUGGUUGGCUGGGAAGAGGGGCUGGAUUUGUGGGCAUACAGCCCGUUUGAUCCGAGUUCUAGCUUUCAUUCCAUUGCAGCGAGGCAGCCGGAAUAUAUUCCAACUGUCGAAUCCUGAGAGAAUUACUGAUCAACUUCAUACAGAUUUUGUUUUUAUUGUUUGCAUAUGUACGACCUGCAGUGACUUAUGCAUUCCUUCCUAUUAAAAUAACCACUGACAGCUCCCUUUGCCCCCCAAAAGAGGCUGACAAGGCUAGGAAACCAGCCCUUGCCACCCAGAGGAAGGAAGCGUGCUCUGUGGGCAGGCGCCUCCUGGGCUGGGGGGGUGGGGGUGCCCACAAUAAAUGACUUACUUGAUGCUUA